AUGCUGGAAGAAGUAAUUAAGGAUUUUUUUAUUUUUUUAUUUUUAUCAUUGUGUGUCUAUAUAUAUCCUUCUUCCCUUCCCUGUAUUUGCUCACAAAACCUUCCUUGAAUCGUAAAAAAACUCAAGAACAAAAUUCCUCCUUGCCCACUAUCCUUACUAUACCUAAGAUGACGAAAUCUGGUUACAUAAAUGCUGUAUUUCGUUCAUCUAGGAAAAAUGAAGCAUACUUUUUCAUCAAUGAUAAGCUCUUGGUUUUGGAUUAUGCUCCCGGAACCAGCAACGAUAAGAUUUUACAUGGACCUGUUUUUGUUCGCCACGGGUUUCCAUCGCUUGAUAAUACAAAAUUUGGAAGCAAUGGAAUAGAUUGUGCCUUUGACACCGAUGACAACGAGGCGUUCGUCUUUUAUCAAGGUCUUUGUGCUAAGAUAGAAUAUGUUCCACAAACUGACAAAGACAAAAUAAUCUCAGGUCCUAUGAAAAUUGCGGAAAUGUUUCCUUUUUUAGAAGGAACGGGUUUUGAACAUGGAAUAGACGCUGCAUUCAGGUCAACUUUGAACAAAGAGGUUUACUUGUUCAGAGGAGAUAAGUAUGCUCGUAUAGACUAUGGCACGAACAGUCUUGUUCAAAUUAUCAGGGACAUCAACAGCGGGUUUACUUGUUUCCGAGACACGAUCUUUGAAAAGGGAAUCGAUGCGGCUUUUGCUUCUCAUAUCCCGAAUGAAGCUUACCUUUUCAAAGGAGAUAACUUUGUGCGUAUCACUUUUACACCAGGAAGAUCAGAUGACUACAUUAUGGGGGGUGUUAGGUCAACUCUUGAUGUUUGGAAGUCUCUUCGGGACAUCAUACCUCUGAAGAAUUAAUCAAUACCGGCAUUCGCGAAAGGGAUCAUCUUGCUAAAGAACAACACAAUGAACUUCUAAAAUAGUAAUGUGAACGAAUCUACAAUAAAAUAAAGAAGGUUGUUUUUCAUGUUUAUUUUCUUUGUUUGUAUCAAUCAUCAUUAAUGUAAUAUGUGUGUAUCAUGGUUUGCUUCCGUUCCUUGAUUUAAUAAAAGUGUGUCUUCCCAUUGUUUAUUUCUCCCCAAAUAUGAUGUUUGUUU